AUGAAGAACGGAACCGCUGAAGAACUGCAUCGCAUCCAUAACGCUGCCGUCACAGUCGUCAACGCACAGAAAAGUAUAGGUCGUCCCAUUGAAUCUCACGGAAUGGACCUCCUAAACUAUCUGAUCGUCGAACAAUUCGACGCACACACUCGGAUGGAAUGGGAGAAUUCCAUAUCCGACUCCAACAAGUUACCACAGCACGAAACACUUUUGGACUUCAUGACGCGACGGAUGUUCACACUUAACGCCGUGCAUCCGAAGACUCUCAAGAAGAACUUCGGAGAGUCUUCACGAACGAUCGAAAGGCCUUCGUUGAGACACAGACUGUGUUUCAACUGCCUCGGAAAUCACUAUCUCACAAAAUGUCAGUCGAAGAAGAACUGCUACACAUGCAAGGCACGUCAUCACACUUCACUGCACGACGCAUACAACACGGUCACCGCACAUACACCAGAAGCCACUUCACUCGCCGCACUGCACAAAGCCAAGGAACAGAAGGCUGUGCUUCUCGCCACUGCUCGGGUGAACAUAGCCGAUCGCCAUGGAGCACCGCACGACGUCCGAGCACUGAUCGACCAGGGAUCAAAGGUGUCGAUCGUUUCUGAAGCACUGGUGCAACGAUUGAACCUGCCUCGAUCACGCACCGACAUGGCCAUCUUUGGGAUCGGAGGCGCACGACCAGGGUCAACGCGUGGCUCCACGUCCAGCACACUACAAGAUUGGUCGCAUAUUCGAGGACUUCAACUGGCGGAUCCUCAAUUUCACAAGAACGAUCCAGCCGAGCUACUCCUGGGAGCGGAGGCGUGCUCCUUAAUUCUUGAAGAGGGUCUACGCAAGGGUGGACCUCAGAUGCCAAUUGCGCAGAAGAUAUCACUAGGAUGGAUACUCUCUGGAGGCUCCGACGUCGCAUCCGCAGAAGAGCACCGUCGCACAUUCCAGUGCACUGCCGAUCACGAGCUACUCGAGCUGGUGCAACAGUUUUGGGAACAGAAACGGGAGACCAACGCAGUCACGACACUCUCCGUCGAAGAGCAGCAAUGCGAGGAAUUCUUCGUGCACACGCACACUCGCACCCCUUCAGGACGAUAUGUGGUAAAGCUGCCAUUCUCCUCACCAAUCACUGCACUCCGCGAAACCCGCAAACCAGCUGAGCGGCUUUUUACAACGAUGGAGAGGCGAUGCGUCCAGGACCGUCGAUUCGGCAACCUGUUUCGCAACUUUAUGAAAGAAUACGAAGACCUAAAACAUAUGACGCUGGUGACAUGCUCCACAACUAGCAAUCAGUCAACGUACUUACCACAUCAUGGAGUACUCAAGGAGUCCAGUGCCACGACGAAGCUGAGGGUCGUGUUCAAUGGAUCGCAGCGAACGCGAACAGGAGACUCAUUAAAUGCACAUCUCAUGACUGGAGCAAAUCUUCUGCCAGCUCUUCCUAACGUACUCCUUCGAUGGCGUCAACACCAGUAUGUCUUCGUUGCUGAUAUAGAAAAAAUGUAUCGGCAAAUACUCGUGCAUCCGGAUGACUGCAAAUUCCAAACGAUCCUGUGGCGUCAUUCAACUGAUGAUGAAGUGCGAGAGUACCAGCUGAGAACGGUCACCUACGGUCUGGCGUGUGCUCCGUUUCUCGCCAUACGGACACUCCGUCAGCUCGCAACAGACGAAGAAGAGCAGUUUCCUCGUGGCGCCGUGGAUCUGCGUCGAGACUGUUACGUCGACGAUGUGGUCACCGGCUCAAAUACGCUGAACGAUGCGAUCGCACUCUAG